UACGUUUGCUAAACAUGCAACGUGUAUGGUUUGAAUGACUUAAGCCCAGUUCCUGUUUCCUUUGCAGAACUGUGUGUUUUUGUAGUCAGCCAGCGCCUGGAGUUUUCACCGUUAUUUACAGCAGCUGAAGGAGUGAUUGUAAUACAUACACGCUGCUUUCUGCAUAAAGGGCUAUAUCCUCCGAACAAUAAUUACAUUUCGUCUGACUUUACACAGAGAAAAUCUCAGCCAGUUGUAUCCGUGGAACACUUUCUUGAAAAGUUCCAAACUUGGUUACACGCAGACGAGCGGGGUACAGCAGGAGGGAUGGCUUCUCACAACACGACAUGGCUCAGCUACCCGAGCAAGAACUUUGCUUCCACCUCCCCAGAAGAAAUCGAAGCGUUCAUAGCAUCUCAGAACAUCAUUUCAAGACUCAUGCACUGCUACAUCGCCUUUUUUGUGCCCACGGGAUUAAUAUCUGGCAUAUGCAUUUUGAUCAUUUUCAUAAAGAAUUAUUUACAACACAAAAGCAAGGAACAAUUAGACUUACUGCUUCUGCACUUCACCAUCAGCAACAUCAUAAUGAUUUUUUUGUCAUUUACGGUCAUUCCUAGACCUGACUACUUAAAAGCAACCCACCUUGCAUGUAGCGUUCUGUCAUUUUUUUUCAACUUCAGUUAUUUCAAUUCUCAGUAUGUUCUGAUUUUCAUACUUCUCAUACUAUUACUCAAGAGAUUUCUGCCAAGGACUGCUCUCAGCAAAGCAACCCAAAAUCCCAUAUCGUGUGUAGCAUUCGUACUUAUAUACGCCUUCUGUUUGUCACUGACCGAAGCAGUACUGGUUGGCACGGAUAACUACCACGUGGAAACAGAGUGCCAGUCUGACCCAUUAUUUGCAUGGCCUGAGUACGAGAUCAUUAAAUUCACCUUUGGAUUUGGAAUCCCGGCAUUUCUUCAGAUACUCUCUUUUACCAUCCUUUUUGCUAAAAAAGCACCUGCUGAAGCUCAAGACUUACGGCAGUACAUUCGUACUUACGCCGCUGUGUUCAUUAUUAGCAUAAUGAUACUUAUAUGCCAUCUAUUUUAUAACGUUAUGAUUCUCUUCAGGACAACGUUAAAAUUACAGAAGAGCACUGGAACUCCAAAAAAUGAGCUCAUGAUGAAUAUUGCAGAAAUAGUAUUGUUCUCUGAGAACUGUGCUAAUUUGGUAUUUAUACUUUGUUUUCAUAAACCAUGCAAGGACAGAAUACUUGAAGUCAUACACAACUGCCAAAGGAGAAACACCACCCACAAUCACCUUGAAAUACCAGUAGUGUCUACAACCCCUGAAAGAACACCUCAGUAAUACUUGCUGUUCUAAGAACUGUCAAUCUACUUUUUUUCCUUCUUCUUCAUGAAGGACAACUGGUCCUUCUUUAGACCCCAAACUUGGACUAUCUUAUAGCUAGCAGCAGCAGAGGAAAAAUAUCUUUAGCCUAGUAUUUGCAGUUAUCUCUGAGAAGGCAUGUAGGGAUAGCUAUGGGGUUUUUUUGUCCAUAUAAAUGUUUUUUAAUCUCCUACAUUCUGCGAGUGUUACUUCAAAGGUGAACAGAAGGAAAAGUACUGUUGCCAUACAAGUCUGCUUUUGUAAUAGCACUGAUGCCUUGAUAAAGAUGCAACCAAAAACAUAACCAAAGGCAACUUUGAACAAAGGUAAAAAUCUGCAGCCAAAGCAUUUUCUCAGGUGUGCUUCCUCCUUGGACUGGGAUUUCUUGCCCUACAAACUACUCUUUAUUUUUUAACACCGGUUAAUUCCAGUAGCAACACCAGGGAAGUAUGGUUUGAGUCCAUUAUAAUCCUGAAAUAGUUUGCGAUACUGUAAAUAUCACUGCUUGCUUGGGUUAUAUACACAUGCAGACACAAGAUUGAGCAUUCCUUCCUUUUUCCAUUUUCCUCUUCCGUGUUUGUUGGAACCCUCAAGGUUUUUAUCUGAAUUAUUGUGCCAAAAAAACCCACACUCAAAUUAAUGGAAACGCUGGUCCAUAAAGAACAGCUUCGGGUCUUUUCUGAGGCACUGAACUGGAAAGAUCGACAGGAUGGCUAAUUAAAACUUUGUGCAAGAAUGAAAGCUUUUUGUUAAAGUACACUCAGCUUCAACUUUGCAUAAAGACUUUAAGCAAUUAUUGAUUUAAGCCAUUCUUGAUGAGUUCAUUCAGAAGUGUAAGGUCGAAUGCCUUGAAGAGUCACAUUCAAUAAUAUCCUAACUAAAAAAUGAGAAAAGCCAGGCCCAGAACAGUAGAACUGCUUUUAAAAAGGCAAACAAAAGCAGAACCCCAGAUCUAGACACAAAUCAAGGCUCUGAUGAAGACAAGAUACGAACAUUAUACAUUUACAUUAGAAUUUACAGGUCAAUGGUGCAAAGUGGUGAAAAAAAAUCCAAAUCUGAGAAUAAAACAGCUGCUGCAGUUUUGGUGUUCAGAUGUAGCCCUCCAGAAGCAGUUGCCAGUGUGGGCUGAGACUUAGGUGCAAAGUUUUAAAUGCUGGCUUUGAGCAUGUUGUUUGUGAUCCAAAUUGGCCAGGGGCCAUCUUAGACACUUGGCUUCAGUUUCAGCUUUUCUUUUCAUGGAGGAGGAGAGAACAUAAAUGACAGGGAAGGCACAAAAUUGUGCUAGAUCUUGGAUACAGAUGUAGACUUGGAUUGCAUGUUAAAAAAAAAAAAAGCACAGUGAUGUGAUGAGCAAGGCUUGAGUGACCUGAAGGUGGUUUUUUGGUGAUUUUUUUCCUAAAGAAAAAAAACACUGAUGUUUAAAAUGCAUACCUUUGUAUAGCAUUCAAGAGGACAAGAAUAUACUUGAUUAAGCAUGUCACCUGGAUGCUAAAGGAAGUGAGAGCUUUUAUAGCAAUUGUGUGCUUUGGAAAGCCUUCUUGAUGGGGUCCAGGUUUGUGUGCAGUCAGUACGAACUGGCAUGGGCUGCCUGAGAUACACGUCAGUGGGCACUGGUCUACCAAGAGGAACACCUGCAAAACAGCCAGGUGGGUAAACGGAAGACUAAAGGACAUUUACCCCAUAAUGAUACGGUGUAUAUAUGGAUCUAGUUUUAGAUAUUUGAGUCCAGAAAUUUAUGGAUGGUGACUAUCACGCGAAAACAGAGGGCAAUAGUGUAACUAUGACCAUAAGGACCAAUGUUUCUGCAAGAUGUACAAAUUAACUGGUGAAAUGUCUGCAUUGCAUUGUCAGUCUGUUUUCCCGUUCAAUUUUGUUCUGCUGCCAGCACGAACAGAUGGAUAACUAAGGAACGCUCCAUAUUAGACCAUUAUUAGAACCUGGUCAGAAAGGAAAUGCGUAGAUAAGAACCAUCUCUUCAAAUACAAGAGUCAACUUCAUAGCUGUGCAAGGACUUCUCAGCUGGCAUCAGGUUUCAUUUCACACCUGAGAAGAGGGAGAUAAAAGAACAUGGACCAAACACCAGCCCUGCAGAAAGAAGCUUGAAGAGAGGAGUUGUUAGAGCAGCACGUCAGCAAAGCAAGCCCACAGACUGAGUGACAGAGCAUGUCAAAAGAUGUAAGCUGAUGGAAAAUAUCAGUUUCAUGGCUAAGUAGGCUAUUUUCUAGCAUGUGAAUUAUGCACAAAGAAAUCUACUUUAUUUACUGCUUCCAUAUAUUUUAUAUUUGAGGAUGAAAGAAUAAAUAUUGUAUUGUUUCCAAGUCCUGGGUUACUGUUAAAGGUGCCUGAAAGUGAAGUUGGAAAAUACGUAGGACCUCGUUAGAUAACACUGGCUGGGACCUGGGAACUGGUCUAACGGUGAGCAAAUCCCAACAAUGCACCUGUAGGAGCCUGAAGGUUCAGCACAGGUAGCACGCGUGAUGAAACUCCAGUAUGGUAUAGAUCUAAACCAGAACCAUACCCCAGGUCUUGGAGAACUAGAAGCUGUAGGGACCUACUGUCAGAUCUAAGGCUUGGGAAAGAUGAUGUCUUGUCAAGAAUGAACUACGCUGUAAAUCUGUGAGUGUUCCUGGGUGUAGCUUCUGGCUGUUAUCUGUGUAACAUGAACCAAUGCUCUCUGGUCUCUUUCCUAUCAAUAGCUCCUGUCAUGGAGACAAACAGAGUCCUUUCUGGAUGGCAGGUUAUAUUGUCAUAAAAAAAUCUCUACAUACAAUGAAAAGACCAACUUAACAGGAGAAAACAAAGGUAAUCAGGAGAGUAGAGGUGGAAACAUGUAACAAUAAUCCAAACUGUUAUGAAUAUAACUGAUUUUACAAAACAUUUAUGUAUUGCUAUAAUUCUUGAUAAAGUUGCACAAUUUCCAUUAAAAUUCAGGACAAUGAACACGUAGUCCUAGAGAAGAUUGACUUUGAUUCAACCAGAAUAUGAGGGCAAACACCUCUAUGUGCAGUAUGAAAGGGACAGAAGGAAUCCCAAAAAAGCUUUAUAAAAUGGUCAUAUUUGAGGUAAAAGAAAAGAGCAGCUUUAAGUAAGAUUAAAAGUAAUUAUUUUAAAAUUAUUAACAACUUGAAAUGUAUUUUCUAAGAACAAAAUAAGAUCUGACCGCUCAUAUUUUUUUCCAUCUAUACCAGCAACAACUUUGUUGAACACCUUCUUCCAGGCUUCACUUAGGUUUGACCAGUAUGUUCUGAAGAAAUAGAGCAUGUGUUUUUUACAGGCAUGCUAUCAAAAUUAACUAAUGCCAUAUACCGGAAAAGUCAAAUAAGAGUAUUUUAUUUCUGUACCAGUAACAUUUGUAUCUAAGACUGGCUCAUUUGAAAAAAAAAACUUCCGUUCAGAAAAAUAAGAGAAAUGAGCAGACUGGUGAAAUUUAAGCAUUGAAUUUCUGAAUUGGUAAUGUCUUCUGGAAAGGAACAUGUAGAGACUAAAGACUCAUCUUUGCUGAACCAGCUGGCUCAAAUCUGAUCUGAUCCCAUUGCAAAACAACAUCUGAUCUGAAGAGAGACUGGAUUUGCACUUGAAUCAUAACUUUAUCUGCUAUACCCCUAUGUGUAUUAUUAAGUCUAGCCUCAGGAGCAUUCAAAUUUCUAACUUACAGACCUGGAAAGGGCUGCAGCAUUAUUUAUCUUGUUUUUGAGGUAGUUACAGAUUUGGAGUAGAGUGAAAACUCAGGCAAUUUAGUCAAAACAAAUAUGCUAUACAAUAUUUAACCUAUGUAUGUUGCACAACAAAUUGAUUCACUAAAUGAUGGGUAUGAAAGAAUGUGUUUUGCUUCCUUGGUACUGUAAUUCUUAUUCUGUCAUCUUGGAGCAGUGACAACUGCAACCGCAGUGACCCUUUCAUCUGGGCAACUAGAGAGGUGAAGUGUCCAGCAAGGGACUGCCAGACUCGGCUACCAGAGUCAGAAAGGAUUGCUGCUUUGUGAGUUUUAUUUACCACAUCUGGACAGAGACUAAGUCCUAUGAUGAAUCGUCCUUCACUUUACAAUGCUUUCUGGUCCAAUUUCAUAAAAUUUGGGUGCCUCCCCCGCCCCCAAAGUGUUUUGCAGUAUACGCUUUAAGAAAAAUAAAAAGGUUUUACCAAAAUAGCUUGAAUGGGUACAGGUGGUGUCCCUGCAAAGAAAAGGCUGAAAUUUUAAAAAUUAUUUUUAGUAAGAAAAAUGCAUUCUCAGAAUUACUGGCAACUGAAAAGGCU